GAAAGGUGGGGAGAGGGGCAGUUCGGAUUGAGAAUAAGUGUGAAAAGCACGAGACGUUGGAAGAACAAUAAAUGAGAAUUGGGUUGAUGAGGGUGAUGAUAACCCUCAUCAUCGUCACGUCGUUUUUCUUUCUCUUCUCCCCACGCAUCCUCCCCCUGAAUUCCACGCCUCUCUUCUCUCAUUAGUCAACCUCAUGUUUCUUCCUCACUUUUUUGUUCCUUCUCAAACCUACACUCUCUCUCUCUCCCUCAGUUGUCUUUCCAGUUGAUUUUGAAUAUAUUCUAAUUCAAUCACACACCCUCCAAUUCCAUCCAUCUCCUUUUCAUUUUCAUUUUCCCCCUAGCUUAUUGCAUGUGCUUUCUCAUUUCUGCAACUUCUUCAACUCCCAUAUCUUCUGUCCCAUCACUUUGCUAAAUUAGACCCACCACUAUCAACCGUUAUAUUUCUUCCUCCAUCUACCAACCCUCUUUACGUUACGUUUAUAUUUAUUUACAAAACCACUUUCUCACAAACUAUUUCUCUUUGGUUUAGAUCCUAUUAGGUUUUAGAUUCAAAAUGUGGACGAUGGGAUACAAUGAUGGUUGUGAGUUCAACAUGUCAGCAGCAGCCGAUUCCUUCAAUGGCAGAAAACUGAGACCUCUCAUGCCGAGGCCACUCACUUGCACGAACAACAACAAUCCCACUGCAAACCCUCCUUGUCUCAAUCGGAUCCAUGGCACCGACUUUUUUACACUCAAUCACCAUCUAGCAGCGACUAUGGCUGAUCUGAACAAGAGAGAUUUCAACGCACAACCGGCUGUUGUCGUCAGCUCAAGGUGGAAUCCAACCCCCGAGCAGCUCAGAACCCUCGAAGAGCUAUACCGUCGGGGCACUCGAACGCCCACCGCCGACCAAAUUCAGCACAUCACCGCACAACUUCGCCGCUACGGGAAGAUUGAAGGGAAGAAUGUGUUCUACUGGUUCCAGAAUCACAAAGCGAGAGAACGCCAAAAACGGCGCCGUCAGAUGGAGUCAUCUACUCCCGAUAACGAACACAACGCCCACGACUUCGAAAUCUUUGAAAGAAAAGAUUCAGGGGCAAGCAGGACAAGUUAUGAAGUUGAACAGACCAAGAACUGGGCACCCUCUACAAACUGCAGUACACUGGCAGAGGAAUCUGAUUCAAUGUUAAGACGCCCAGCAAAGUCAGCAGUGGCUGCAGAAUGUAGACCAGAGGGAUGGGCUCCAUUCAUGGAAAGGAAUUCCGCGUGGCAGAUGAUGCAGCUCUCUUCCCCUCUUCCUCCUCCUCCUCCUCCUCCUACUCACAUCAUAAGCACCACCGCGGUCCCCACCUCCGCCGCCGCCGUCAUAUCCACCGCGGCUCAUCGUAUUCCGACCUCAAUAGUAGCAGAGCCGACUACUGCAACAUCAAGAAUGAAACUGAAGUUCACCAAGACUACAACUGAUCACGAUCAUCAUCAUCUCAACAUCUUUAUAGCGAAUGGCGUUAACCAGUUGAACAGUUUAGCUGCGAGUCAUUAUGAAGAGAAUGGUGAAUGUGGGGAGUCUCAGACCCUUCAACUGUUUCCUCUUCGCAGCGGGAAUGAAAAUGAUAAUGAGAAGGAGAUGAGUGAGGGAUCAGUUGGGGAAGCCAUGAAUGGUCCUUACCAGUUCUUUGAGUUCCUUCCAUUGAAGAACUAGGUAGCAGGUAGAUGACGAUGAGAAUUAACCUAGUGGGCUUUAGUAGUUAAGUAUUUUACUAGCGUGGUAAGUUAGCAUGGUUAGAUAUUGAAUUCUGCAUGGUGUUUUUGCAGAAUGAUGUAACAGGUGAUGGAAGAUGGUGAAGUUAAUUUAAUGUUGUUGCAUUAAACUGCAUUAAUAGAAUGUUUUAGAGUAAUAAUAUUUAAGGGGAUGUUUGGGAUCUGAA